AUGGGUAAGCUGUCCUCUCUUUCCCUCCUGGUCUCACACAUCCAAAAUGGACCCGGACAGCACAAGAACUCACAAGAUGAUGAAGAGGCGCUCACCUCCAUAAUGAUGGACCUGGCAGCUUUACGUUUCUGUUGCCAGCUCAAGAGUAACAACAGCAACAAGCCCAAGAGCAGAACCCCGUCCUACAGACAGGAUUUACGGGUGAAGCUGGAGCAUGAGCGAGAGAAACGAAUCAUUCCGUUCCAAAGGCCGCUGAAGUUCAAGGAUCUACUUCAGAAGGUGACAGAGGCCUUCGGUCAGCAAAUGGACCUAUACUACACUGAUAAAGAGAUGUUGGUGGCUCUGAAGUGUCAGGAGGAUUUGGACCGAGUAGUUCAGGGAUUGAGCUCCAGCUCUGGAAUGAACAACCUACUGAGAGUGAUUCUGAAAACACCUCCCAACAACCAAGUGAGUCCAAGCCAAAACAAAGCAAAGCGACCCAAAAAAUUCAUGCAGGAAACUGAUGACAGAAACCGUCUGUCUGCAGGAUCUCUGAACACGGGCCGCACCUCACCCCCUCCAGGCAGCGUACCAGAAGAACAACAGCAGAUCGCUCGGCAGGGGUCCUACACCAGCAUCCACAGUGAAGGAGAGUUCAUCCCAGAAACGCUCGACUCCAAUAUUAUGGAGCCAUUUGGGAGUGCGAAUGGGUCACUUUCUAGCAGCUGUCAGUCACUGGACCAAGCACUGGACAGCCCACCAUUCUCCCAGAACAACCGGGACAACAAUUACCUGAACCUCAACUAUGAAUACAAAGGGCGUCACGGGAAACACGGGACCUUCCCACGCCAGUUCCACAUGUCCAGUCACAGUAAAGACUAUGGUGACGGUCGAAGGACCUUCCCUCGAAGCUUUAUGCCUCAAGAGAACCUGUUUCAGCUGGUCCCGUCCAGCCGUACACGCAGCUAUAAUGGAGAAAGCACAAUGCUGUACAGUGGAGAUCUGCGCUCCAUCAGCUGGACUGAGAAAAACAGCCAACGCAACACUCCUAAAUCCCCAAGGGCUCCUGUAAACUGGCGUCAGGGGAAACUGCUCGGUCGGGGAGCGUUCGGAGAGGUCUACCUCUGCUAUGAUGUUGACACGGGACGCGAGCUGGCGACCAAGCAGGUGCCCUUUGACCCUGAGUGUCAGGAGACCAGCAAGGAAGUGAAUGCACUGGAGUGUGAGAUCCAGCUCUUGAAGAAUCUGCGUCACGACCGUAUCGUGCAGUACUACGGCUGCUUGCGUGAUCCGGUGCAGAAAAAACUGUCCAUCUUUGUGGAAUUCAUGCCCGGGGGCUCUAUUAAAGACCAGCUGAAGGCAUAUGGAGCACUGACUGAAAAAGUGACCCGCAGAUAUACCCGACAGAUCCUACAGGGAGUCCACUAUUUGCACAGCAACAUGAUCGUACACAGAGACAUCAAAGGCGCUAACAUUUUGAGGGACUCCUCUGGAAAUGUGAAGCUGGGAGAUUUUGGGGCUAGCAAGCGCAUUCAGACCAUCUGCAUGUCCGGGACGGGAAUCAAAUCGGUCACCGGCACCCCCUACUGGAUGAGCCCAGAAGUCAUUAAUGGAGAAGGCUACGGACGCAAAGCAGAUAUUUGGAGUGUUGCCUGCACGGUUGUAGAGAUGCUAACCCAGAAGCCCCCGUGGGCUGAAUAUGAAGCAAUGGCAGCCAUUUUCAAGAUCGCAACCCAGCCGACUAAGCCAAACCUGCCCGAGGGUGUGUCCGACGCAUGCAGGGACUUCCUGUGGCAGAUCUUUGUGGAAGAGAAAUGGCGGCCCACUGCCGAGAGGCUUCUCAGCCACCCUUUUGUCCAGGGCAGCUUCUGAUCCUACAGAUCUCUCUGGAAUCCCCAGGGAAAACCACACACCUGCCCGGCACGGACGAUCACCACUCUGCCUUCCAGGGUCCGGAGAAACCCACCAACCAGCCAACUAAGAACAAACGUGACCACAACGAGGGGGUAUCUCCCUAACGCAGCUCGACAAAUAUCAUGGACAGCAAAAUGCUGAUAGAGCUUCCCGUAUUGUUAAUCAGAGUCAGAGCCCUGUCCCAAAUGAUGCACUUCAUUUCACGAACGUCAUUUCAUGAGCUACACCCCUUUUGCUAAAUAGAGCCUUUUUACAUUUGCAGGGCUCUCAGGAGCAGAAGUUAGGUAAACUUCUACAGCAAAUAUAAUUUGGCAUUCCCAUUAGCUCCAAAAGCAAAAUAAAAAAAAUCCAUGAUAACAUUUCCACGACUUUCCAAAAGAGGAAAAAUAAAAUG